CUUUCUAUUAAGUAGAGUGUCUGGUAUCUAGGCAACCGCUAAAAGCGGUUGAACUGCAGACGCUGAGAAAACGGGUCUUCGAGCCAAAGUGCGGUAUGAUGUGGAACGAUACGCCCAUAUCGCCUUUCGUCCUAAACGAAAAGGAAAAAGAAAAGCAGAGGGUUAAAAGAGAGCAAGCAGCUAUAAAAAUUCAGAAGAGAUGGUGGAUGCAUAUGACAAAAAGACUAUUUAAACUUCUGAAACACACAAUUCGUGCAGCGGAGUAUUGCAUUAGCUAUGAUAUUCUAAAAAGAGUGAGUCCUUUAGAAGCUGAACUUCUUAAAGAACCUACUAUUCAAUAUAAAGUCCGAUUCAGACUUGCUGGAUCUGAUUUCCCCCCUUUUAUUAUAUUUAAAAUCUUUUGUAAAACAAGAACAAAAAACAACCAAUAUAUCAGUGGGAAAAGAGUAAUAACAUCGGAAAGUAAGGCAGCUGUUGACGCUUGCAAAUUAAUGGGCUAUCGGAUGUAUUAUAAUCAGAUUCUUCAAGAUGAACUUCAGCAUAAAAGGCAUGGAAUAACAGAUGACAUAGAUAUUGCUACAGUAAGAGAUUACAUGCAAUAUGCCAGUCAUAUGGAUGAAACUCCAGCAUAUUAUGGUGGAAGACAUAAUUGUUGGAGAAGGCUGACGUUGGAAAAUUGGCCUAGAGCAAUGAUAGUGUAUGACAUCAUGGAUUAUGCACAGUCUGGGAAGCUGUCUGCUAGACUUAGAGCUGAACUUCCAUUUCUAUUGCUGAAACCACAGAACGAAGAGACAUGUCGUGCUCAAAUCUUGGCUGUUUGUCAAAUUAGGUCUAUGCCACCUGGUUUCACCUCCCUAUCAAGACAAGAACCAAAGGCAGACCAGAGAAUGUCACAACGCCGCUCUUAUCAAGCUAGGCAGAAGAUUGCAAAAAUGAAGAAAAUUUAUAAAGCUGUGAAAGAAGAGGACUUAAGCAGUCCUUCUUUGAGUGAUCAUUCAGCUGGGGAUCCAGGACCAGAAAAUCAAUUUUCUAAUGAAGAUUGGGAGCAAGAAGCAGUAAGGCUUUAUGAUUGGGCCAGAGCACUCCGAACUGAAGAUAUUUGGGAAGAUUAAUCAGAGUUAAAUGUAUUUUUUGUUCAUGUCUCCACCAUUUCUAUCAUAUAGUUGCAACAACAGUUGAAAUUGUUUUCCCCCAUGUAGUUUUGUUUGCUCUUUUUGCAGACAUAGCCAUAGAAGAUGAAUAUACACAAUUCUCUGGCUUCAGGAAAUUCCUAACAAAACGAGUUACUGUUGAUAGAAAGAUGUGAUGUUAUGUGAGAAGAAUAAAGUAAUGUUGCCAAUGUGCAUCUGUUGCUAGUAAUACUUGAGGCAUCUAGAUGGAAAAUAAUAGGAAGAGGUUGAUAAAUACUAAAGGUAACUAAAGAGAUGCUUCCCAAUAUGCAUUAAUAUAAAGGAAACACGUGAAGAUUUACACAGCUGCUUCAAAAGUUCUUUUCAAUUGUUUCUGUAUACCUGCACAAUCACUCUUCCAUUCAGUCUACCAGGAAAACAUUGAGUUUUCAUGCUUAUCUAUUUUUUAAAAUCAAAUUUGUAUGACUGCCCAUCACACCAAAGGCAAGACUGACAAUACACUCCAGAUAAACUUAUCAUCUGAGGUAACUGUGAGCAGCUUUCAAAACAGCCGCAUCAACCUUGCAAAGACUGUCACUAGUUUUAUGCUUUGAAGAAAGGUUAAUUUCUUCAAUCAAUAAGGGUGCUAUAAAAAUUUAGUAAAAUUGGCUGUUACACAUUUAUGAACCAUUCUUUUAAAUGCUUUACAUAGCCACAAUAGUUUUAGCAUAUUAAUGGACAUCAGACAAAGCUAAGUACUUUAAAAUAUUGCUUUCAAAGAAAAAAGUAUAGCUUCUUUACUUUUCCCAUCAAAGUUAUUAAGGCUCUAAAGUAUUUAAAUUUCAUAACAUUGUUAAAAUUUACAACUGGUCCCAAUUGUUCUAUUUGCAUUUUGGCUCAGCUGAGUACUUUCACAAGUAUGCUAAUACAUAUGACUUUAAGAAUGUGAAGCAGACUUAAUAAUUGAAAAGGAACAAAAAAUGGAAAAAACUAGCGAAAAUUAAAAAUAUUUUAUUUACAUUCUUAUUUAUAUACAAUUUUUACACCUUGCUUAAAAACAGAACAGCAUAUAUGCAUGUCUGAACAUAAUGCAUUCACAGGAUGAGUUGGAAUAACAUUUACAAAGAAGUAGAAAGAAAUGUUUUUAAGAAUAUUAAAAAAUUGCAGUUUCACAACUGCUUCAGGUAAAUUAUUAGAACUGCACAGUGCAUAUUUGAAUAAAGUAUUCCAAUUUAUUUUAGCACAAUUCAAAGGUAACUCAAAUUGACAUGCAAACAUUUUAUUAGAUAUGUUGAAAAGCAGCAUUGGAUUAUGCAUAACCAUCCUGCAACAGCAACUUAUCCAACUAUUGUUACUAACAUAUUCUCAGAAUUUGGCAUAGUAUUUGAAGUUCUAUUUAUAAAACUUACAUAUGAAAUUUAAUCCUAAUUAAGACUUAUUAAUUUAAUACAGAAUGACUGGUCCUGAUUUUUAUUCAAAUGUAUGUCGCUGUCCCCUUUCCCCCCAAAGUUGAAUAAAUCCUGUAAUAAUAUGGUAUCAUAAAAUUGAGAGAAAUCAUUUUCUAGUUAUGGAACUUUAAACAAGUUUUGUUUUCAGGUAUUGGGCCUUGUUUCCUUUUCUACUGAUAGUAACAGAUAUAUUCUUGAAUUAUGUAUAAAUAUUCUUGCUUUAGAAAUGGAAUUUUAUUCUUUAAUUCAAUUUCUUCAGAAUAUCAGUAUUUUAUGUGAUAAGAAAAUUCAGAAUUUUCACUCAGCCACUUUAUGAUAUCAAUAAAAAAUGAGCAGUGAUGAGAUUAGCCUAGUGGUUGUUAUGGUUUUGCAUGUGACAACCUUUCUUCUAGUACUAACUUAGUAUAAGAAAUGGACAAUACAAAUCAUGCUUUAAGUUUUUAUUUGGUGUCUGAUUUUUUUUUCAUAUGGUAGCCUUCUCUUUUAGUUGUACUACUUUUUUCCACUAAAAUAGUAUAGAAAAUAGUAUUCUCAUAAGUUAUAUGAACAUGGAGAUGUCUUAAAAUAAAAUGUAAGAAUAGGCUUUCUAGAGUAAUUUAUUUAAAAAAAAUAAUUUAUAAAGCACAUGUAAACAUUCAUUAAUGCAAGAGACUAGAGUUUUUGGAGAGACAUUUCUUCUUAAGAAUAAAGUUUUUUUUCUUAACACCACCAAGUGUUUAUACAGAUUCCCAAGCGAAAUGAACAGGCCUUAGUGUAGUGCAUUAUGUCUAAAAUCCUCUAAAACGUUCAUGUGUCCUUCCUCUUCCAUUUUGGCACUAGUUGGCAUUUUAAUUAUCAAUGAGAUGAAAUGGUUUAAACUAAACAGUGAGCUUUUUAGGAAAGCAUGGAUCAACAAUUUGGGAACUGUCCAAAGUUCAGUGUAAGUUGAGUAAGCUAUAUUUUAAAUACACUUAAAUUAUAGUUGUGACAAAUAUUCCUACAUUCUUUUCUCUUAUAAACUUAAGCUACCUUCAUAUGCAUAGGAAUGUCAAGAAAGUACAAUUCAGAAGAGUAUUGUGAACCACAGGAAGAUACAUAAUAGGUUAGAAAUCAUCUGACAUUUAUAAGAUGAAGAAUAUUUGCUUUUUAAUCAAAGAAACAAAAUCAAAAUUCACAUUAAGAUAGCUAAAUUGCGUUUUUAUGCAACAGCAAGAUUGAAAAACUCGGGUCUCACAUCUUAAGAAGGCUAACUUUAAGUAUUGGUUCAGUAACUCAUUUGAGCUAACUUUCCAUCAAGUAUAUAAACAACCAGACUUUUGUAU